AUGACCGGCGAGGUGGCGCACCGUGAUGCGGCAAUCCCAGCGGUAAGCCUGCCGUCUAAGCCAGACAAGCAGCCGGCGACAGACGAGACCAAAAUGGAAAUGGGCAACCCGCAGGACAAGCUGCAGCAAAAUGGAUCGUCGGAAGCAAGACAGAGCCUACAGGAUCGUUUCUUCAAUGGCGUCCUGGCGCAGAUUAUACCAACCAAUGAUGACAGCAGCAACGAUGUGCCAGAAAGCAAGAAGGCUAGAGGGAUGAGAACCAGUGUGGACAGGCCAGGCUUCAGCAUACCGUUGAUGAGCACUAACUUCAGAAGAUUCAACGCGCGGAUCGGCGUGGUAUUCGUCCUGCAGAAUCGUAUCAUCCGUCUCCUCACCUGGCACCAUGCAACGGCAACCUUAUCGUUCCUGGCGGUAUACACUUUACUAUGUUUGCAACCACGUCUUCUACCUGCCAUGCCCAUCAUAGGCCUUCUUCUCUGGAUCAUGAUGCCAUCUUUUCUAGCGCGCCACCCUGCUCCUGCAGACGAUACACGCAUUGAGUGGAUGUUCCAUGGCCCACCCGUUGCACCGCCAAGUAGGGUCAGGCCCGCCCCGGAGCUGAGCAAGGACUUCUUCCGCAACAUGCGCGACUUGCAGAAUAGCAUGGACGACUACAGCAGGCUGCACGACGCUGCGAAUGAGUACAUCACGCCGUAUACCAAUUUUAGUGAUGAGGCUACAAGCUCUGCGUUGUACAUGACUUUGUUCGUCGUGGGCUGUACGGUACUUGUUGGAAGUUCUGUUGUUCCUUGGCGGCUAAUAGCCCUGAUCGCUGGCUGGACUGCUACGUUGUUUGGACAUCCAGAGCUGCAGAAGGGUUUGUUCUCUUCCGAUCUUCGGAGCAACCUAUGGCGACGGAUAGACAUGCUUCAGGUACACGUGAAGAAUCUCAUCGAUGCCGACAUUCUUCUCGACUCCCCAUCAGAGAUGCGACAAGUGGAAAUCUUUGAGCUGCAGAAGUACCACGUCUACAGCGAUACAUGGGAGCCAUGGCUUUUCUCACCCUCACCGUUCGAGCCACUGUCUGCUCCUCGCAUCGCAGAUGCACGUGCUAAAGGUACGCAAUUUUUUGACGACGUGCAGGCACCGCAGGGAUGGUCGUGGAAGGAUAAGAAGUGGAGUCUGGACUUGGCGGGGCGUGAGUGGGUGGAGCAGAGGAUGAUUACAGGCGUUGAGGUAGAGAUGGAAGGAGAGAGGUGGGUGUAUGAUCUUCCGGCCGAGGCUGUGGAUUCUCUACAGAGUCCGACAAAGCGAAAGCAGAAGGAGAGGACAUCCAAGGACACACCGAAAGAUGGUUGGGAAGAAGGAACGAGGCUAGCGGCGCAUGGUGAAUGGAGGCGGAGACGGUGGGUUAGGGUCGUUGAAAGGAAAGCUUUACCGCGAAGUGAGCAGCCCAGAUGA